AUGGUUAAGGAUACGAAGUACUAUGAGAUCCUGGGGGUUGACCCCUCAGCCUCAGAGGCCCAACUAAAGUCAGCUUACAAAAAGGGUGCUUUAAAGCACCACCCUGAUAAGAACGCCCAUAACCCUGAUGCUGCGGAGAAAUUUAAAGAUCUUUCAAAAGCCUACGAAGUCCUGUCCGAUCCUCAAAAAAGACAACUCUAUGACCAAUAUGGCGAAGAAGGCCUCGAACAAGGCGGUAUGGGAGGAGGCAUGGCGGCUGAAGAUCUCUUCGCCCAGUUCUUUGGCGGUGGCACAGCGUUUGGCGGCAUGUUCGGCGGUGGCAUGCGUGACACGGGCCCAAAGAAAGCCAGAACCAUUCACCACGUCCACAAGGUCUCCUUGGAGGACAUCUACCGCGGCAAAGUAUCAAAGUUGGCCCUCCAGAAAUCUGUUAUCUGCCCGGCAUGUGAGGGACGAGGUGGUAAGGAGGGUGCUGUUAGAACCUGCACUGGCUGUAAUGGUGCUGGUAUGAAGACCAUGAUGCGUCAGAUGGGUCCCAUGAUACAGCGCUUCCAGACCGUCUGCCCUGAUUGUCAGGGUGAGGGAGAGACGAUUCGUGAUCGUGAUCGAUGCAAGCGCUGCAUGGGUAAAAAGACCGUGGUCGAGCGAAAGGUGCUGCACGUCCAUGUCGACCGCGGUGUCAAGAGCGGGCACAAGAUCGAAUUCCGUGGUGAGGGUGAUCAGAUGCCUGGCGUGCUUGCUGGCGACGUCAUCUUCGAAAUUGAACAGAAGCCUCACCCACGGUUUCAGCGCAAGGACGACGACCUUUUCUACCACGCCGAGAUUGAUCUAUUGACUGCCCUGGCUGGUGGACAAAUUUACAUCGAGCAUCUCGACGACCGGUGGCUCACUGUCAACAUCUUCCCUGGCGAUCCUAUCACUCCUGGAGCCAUUAAAGUCAUCAAGGGGCAAGGCAUGCCGUCAUUCCGUCAUCACGAUUUUGGCAACCUAUACAUCCAAUUCGAUGUCAAAUUCCCCGACAAGUCAGAGAUCCAGAACGUCGAGAUGCUGGAACAAAUCUUGCCGCCUCGUAUGCAACAGAAACUCCCGCCUGCUGACGGUAUGGUGGAAGAUUUCGACCUUGAAGAAGUUGAUCCUCGCCAUCAAGCCAGAGCACAAGGAGCAGCAGGGGAUGACGAGGAUGAAGACGGUAUUCCUGCCGGCGCAGAGAGGAUGCAAUGUGCGUCGCAGUGA